AAAAUAUAAUGAGAGUAAAGUCGAAUCAAAACAUCGAUUUAAAUAGACGAAUAAAAACAAAACCUUGCAAUAGUUUUGGAAUAAUGUAAUAAAAUUAAAAGUAAUCGGAACUUGAACUCGUUCUUAUCAUUAUUUCUUAUUUUAUAAUUUCGUAUGAGUAAAUUUUAAAUGUCAGUUUAUUGUUGACGUAUUGGCCCAUUUGUCCACGUCAAAGUGCUAGAGAGGUUAAGACACAGUGGAUACCGUGUAUGAAAAUUCACGGUGAUGGCUAUGGAAUUUUUAGUUAAUCGGCUGAAAGCACUUUUUGUAUUUUUAUUAAGUAUUUUUAAACGUGCCUUAUGUUGUCUCAGACGGAGAAGAAGAUCUUCGUGCGAUUCUAUUCCGCUGUCAGCUGUUGGUGUUAUACCUAACUCUGUUAAUAACAAAGUGUUGCAGGAACCAGAAAAUUGGGAGCAAUGGGAUGAAAAUCCUGUGGUUGUUGUGUCAAAUAAACCAUGUAAUACCGUUCAGAGUAAAAUAGAACAGUACCGUCAACAAAUUGCUAAAACUCCUGAAGCUGGGGAAGAAACUCAAGUUGAUUUCUUUCAGGACAUGACACCAAAAAUAACCAAGCAAAAGAAAAUACUUCUUAGAGAUCCAAAGACUGAAGAAACUUCUAUGAAUUUAUCUAAAUUUGCUAUUGCUUCUGAAAGAGUACCGACUAAUGAGCUUGAGACAUGGGACGAAAACGCAACCGGAUGGGAAGAAGAAACUGUCGAAGAAUUUGGCGAUCCAACAGAAGAAAUUCGCGAGCAAAGACGACGUGAACGGGAAAGAAGAUUAUACGAGCAGCAUCAAAGGCGUAUGGACUACAACUUCCGACCUCCACCAUUAGGCGAAAAAAUAAACUCCUGAUUAGAGACGAGGAUCUGCAAAUCAAAAUGCACAAAAUUGACUUGAUGGCAUGUCAAAGUUAUUACCGCGUACUACGUAUCUAAAUUUUUAUUCAAU